AUAUUAAUUAAUACAUGAGGCCCAUAAAAAGCCCAUCAAUGUUUAUGACACAGUACUACUAGUCCGGAACUUGUUACGUGUAUCAGAAGGUAGAGGAAAAUGAAGAAGGUGCUGAGAGUAUACGGCGGCGUUUUAAGGCUGGUGAGGCUUUUGCCGGCGGACACGAGGCCGUAUUACGCCAAGUACGCCAGGGAGAACUUCGUUAAUUACCGUGAGGUCGACCAAAGCGAAACAUCUCUGGAAGAACUCUUCCAACGAGCUUACAAUCACUCACUUUGGGUACUCAAGAAGUAUUCGAUUGACGAAUCCGCGGGGAAGAGGUUGAAGGAGAUUUGUUUUGAAUGAUGACGCACACAAUGUGUUCGACGUAAUGUCCCUGAGAAGGCUUGGACGAUUUGUUAAAUGGGUACUAUCAGUUAUUCUACUUUUGAACUCAAGUCUUAUCAAUACUCUAAUAGCUAUAUCAAGAACAGAGGUUGGUCAUGUGUAAUUUUCUUUCCGUUUUGUUGUCUUGACUUUUAUGUGUGUUUGACUGCUUGAAUUGGUCAUUUGUCUUGUUUGAGUAGCUUCUUGUUUGUUUCCAUGAACCUGAAUAAAAAUGUUUACAUU